AGUGUGAAAGUGUUAAAGUACAGUUUCUCAUGUUUGUUUUUCUCUGUUUGUGCUUCUGCUGGUUGGUGGGUGUGUUUGGUGAUGAAGUGAAGUCAGUGUCAGUGAUGGAGGGAGAUUCUGUUACUCUACACAUUGAUAUUAUUGACCUAAAGAGCGCUCAUCUGAUACUGUGGAGGUUUGGACCUCAAGAGUCUCUCAUAGCAAGAAUCAAUAGAGAAGCUAAUGCAGUCUCAAUAUACAAUGAUGUUCUUGAUGGGAGAUUCAGAGACAGACUGCAGGUGAAUAAUCAGACUGGAGAUCUCACCAUCACAAACAUCACAACUCAACACACUGGACUUUAUCAAAAAAACAUCAGCGGCAGACAGAAGAGCUCACACAGAUUUGAUGUUACUGUCUAUGCUCGUUUGCCCGUUCCUUUCAUCUCUAGUUACUGUCCUCAAAACUCUUCAUCAAGCUCAAACUGUUUAUUAUUGUGUUCAGUGUUGAAUGUGAGAGAUGUGAGUCUGUCCUGGUACAAAGGAAACAGUUUAUUGUCCAUCAUCAGUGUGUCUGAUCUCAACAUCAGACUCUCUCUACCUCUGGAGGUUGAAUAUCAGGAUACAAACACAUACAGAUGUGUACUCAACAAUACCAUCACAAACCAAACUCAACAUCUCAACAUCACUCAACUCUGUCAGCCGUGUUCAGAUUGUGUCAGCUGUUGUGAUACUACCGAAGUUGUGAUCCGAUUGGUCAUUUCUGCUCUGGUGACCGUGGCUUUGGUUGCUGUUCUGGCUUAUGAUGUCAGAUCGAGCAAAGAUGAACUGAAGAAAAGACCUAAGACAGCUAGAUACAAGGUGUGUUCGACAAAGUACAGUGAAAGAAAAACAAAACCAGCCAAGCUGUCUAGGUGAGACACUGCAGUUCACUCAGAAUCGGCUGCGAAAAUCUCAGUGAUGACACACAUUAAUCUUAUUGGAUGGACUGACUGAUUACAUCAAUUAUCUGUUUAAUCCUGACACUUUCAUGAAUGCUCACAAAUUCAUGUUUUUUAAACAAUAAAACUCUCCUCAUGUAACGUCAGAUGUGAGAUACUGUAGCUUGUUGUUUUAAUGCAAUUUUUUCUAUGUUAUAGAGAACACUGUAAAAAUUUGCUGUAAUUAUGCAGCUAAUUGCCAGUAACAUACUGUAAAAGAUAAAGACUGAAAAUGUUUCAUGUUCACUUAACUUUGAACAAAUUUUUGCAAGUAAAUAACAUAAAUGUAAAAUCUACAGUAAGUUACUGGAGCUAGUUGCCAGUAAUACCCAUUAAUACUGUAAUUUCUAAAGAUUUUUUUUACAGUGAAGAGUAAUUCUGGAUAUGCUUAUUCAUAUUCAUAUUACUUAUUCAUCCUUAUUUAUACUAAAAUGUAAAAAAAAAACUUUGAUUUCAUGUGGCCUUUUAUACGGAAGGCACUGGUGGGAAAUAACUUUUAGGGAUAGACACGAUCAUACAUUUUAUUAUAAUAUAUAUGCAUAUAUGUAUAUAAAUGUAUAUACACACAUGGAUAAUAAAGACCACAUU